AUGGCCAGUCUUGAGUCGUUGGCCCGUCUUGUUAUUCGCGAAGAUGACGCCGAAGCUGCUCCGGCUUGUGAGGCGGGCAAUUCGUACAACGGUCGAAUAGGCCUGCGGGUAGCUGCGCUCUUCAUAAUCUGGGCUACGUCCUCCAUUGGCGCGACCUUUCCCAUAUUUGCUGCUCGACAUCGCGGACUAAGGAUUCCAGAAUGGGUGUUCUUCAUCUGCAAAUACUUUGGGUCGGGCGUCAUUGUCGCCACGGCGUUCAUACACUUACUGGGGCCUGCCCAAGAAGCAUUGACGAAUCCAUGUCUCACCGGACCCAUUACCGAAUACUCGUGGGUGGAAGGCAUCGUUCUCAUGACAAUCUUUGUUCUGUUUUUCGUCGAGUUGAUGGUCAUGAGGUAUGGCGAUUUUGGCUCCGGACAUAGCCACGACGAACAUGCAUCUACCCACACCCACGGCUCUGACUCAGACCAAUCGGAAGAUAGAGAGCUGGGCAACACCUCACGCCUCUCCCCAUACAAAGACGAAGCACCCGCCAUCCUCCAACCAGAAAGCUCCGGACAAGUGCGUUCUCACAGCACUCAGCUCCCGGGAGAGGACCAUCUGGGACACUCCCAAGAUCACAAUGAGAUUGAAGACUCGGACAAUCCGUUCAGCCUUGAGGAUUACAAGGCUCAGAUGACGGCCAUUUUCAUCCUCGAGUUCGGCAUCAUCUUCCACAGCGUCUUCAUUGGGCUCACCCUUGCUGUGGCGGGAGAAGAGUUUGACACCCUCUUCGUUGUCUUGAUCUUCCACCAGACCUUUGAAGGGCUUGGUCUGGGCUCUCGACUCGCAGUUACGCCGUGGCCCACACACCGAAGAUGGACCCCUUACAUCCUCGCUCUAGCCUUCGGGUUGAGCACACCCAUAGCAAUUGCCAUUGGAUUGGGUGUGCGUAAUUCCUAUCCCCCCGGAUCUGCCACCACCCUCGUGGUCAACGGUGUUUUUGAUUCCAUUUCAGCAGGCAUUCUCAUUUAUACCGGAUUGGUGGAGUUGAUGGCGCACGAGUUCAUGUUCAGUAGAUCCAUGCAAAAGGCCGGAAUCAAGACAGUGCUUGGUGCAUUUGUCACCAUGUGCUUUGGCGCUGGUUUAAUGGCUUUACUUGGUAAAUGGGCUUAG